AUGUUUAAUUUGCACGUAUGUCCCCGAGCUCACUCUCUACCUAACAAACCUGUUGCAGGGAUUACCGCUAUGCCAGAUCGAAGGAUGCCUUCCAAUCGAAUACAGAAGCUUAAGAUUGCUUUCUUCGUCCGUAGAACUCCAACAGAGCUAAACGGACAAGUUGGAGGCUCAAGGGUCACUUGGGGCCCCACACCCGAUGCGCUCUGGUGUCACUCUUCCUUUGGGCUUGCUCACCAUCCCACAGAAAAUUUUCUUAUUUUAUCCUCUUAUCUAUCUGCUGUCAUAUUUAUCUGCUGCUCCUGCCGGUGGAUACUUUUUUUCAGGCCGGGGUUCCCUCGAGAAACCCACCGGAGGCUCCUCGAUACACAGGCAAAGGCAGACGCAGCACUCCGUACAGUCAAGCAGCAGCUGAUCCCAGAAGUGUUGUUUCUGUCUACGCGGUCAUAUGAGCACCAGGAGCCUCCGGAAAGCCCCCUUGGGUCCCCCGCAUGGGAGUUAUGGAUGAAUUUCCCCCUGGCUCUAACCAAUACCCCUGAAAGUUCCCCCAGAUCCUCAACUCUUGCCGCUCCGCCGUCGGCAGCUGCAGCAGCAGCUGCUGCUACUCUCACAUGCACCGGGAGAGCUUGGGCUGCGUUUCCUGCUGCGGCUGUAGAGGAGGAACGACUUAACCCUCUAGCUGGCUUUGCAAUAUCAGCCGCUGCAAUGGUUACACAGGUGCCUAGUGAGAGUGAGGGCCGCACUAACGCCAUGGACGUCGUUUCCCGCUUAGCAAAGUCCUUUGUUGCAGCUGGAGAUGUUCUGGGGCAGCAUGAGAUCUUGAAUGGCUGUGAAACAUCUGCAAGAGCAUCAGCAGCGGCGGUUGCAGAUGCUCCGACAGAGAUACCUCUGGUCACCCAACAGCAGCAUGAGCAGCAGGGGCAGCAGUCUCCGGAAUCCGAUCCACAAGACGUUCAGCAGCAAAAUGCGGUCAUAUCUGGUAUAUGGCAUGUAAGGGGCACUUCCGAGCUGAGAAGUCAUAGCCUGGAGACCCAAGAGAGUGAUUUUCUGAAAGAACGAGGGGCUCAAGUUGGCGCCGCGUUAUGUUCUGCUCUGCCUACCCCUUCGUGGGGGAUAUGCUGGCUAGAGGGACGCCGAAUAGCUCUCCAGAGUGCCCAGAAUGCACUAGGGGAGCCCCCUUGCAGGGAGGGCCAAGGGGUAACUUCCACUGUUGGCCCUGCUCUCAGUGUGUUGGCAGCUGCAGUACACCUCUGUGGCUGCCGAGACACUGUAGCCAUAGAGCGGGCCCAGCGCCUUGUCAAAGCAAGGCAACAUGGAGGAAAUGCACUAGCGCCGGUUGGUGUCGCGGCAUUGGUGGCUGCUUCGGCCGCCACACGUUUGCUCCUCUUCGAGAGUCUGUACGACCUGAGGCGAGGAGCCAAUCAGAAGUUUAGUCUCUUGGACCGUACGGCUUCCAUGUUUUAUGACAGCAUCCCGUCACUCACACGAGUUCCAAGGGCUUACACAGAUAGUUUACGGUGUCGUGCCUGGGGAUCGAAACUGCUAACGUACAUUGUUCAGUGCUUGCGACAUAAAUAUUACGCCAUGCUGUGA